UCCCGAGCCCGGGGUAUACGGGUCACUGCAAACACACAGCUCGGUGAGUACAGCACGUACCGAGCCCGUUCAACUACUUUUCCUGUAGGCGCUUGCUGUUGCGUAGUGCCUGGAGUCUUUACGUACCCGCCCAACUGCUUACGUCGACGACUUCGUCUGUGCGCAGAAUCUGCCUGGGGGGACUUCAGUACUGUACAAGAUGGCGGUGGCGUCGUCAACAUAAGGCACACUCUGGGAUUCCUUUUAAUCUGACAGCUCCGCCCUUUUUUGGAUCAGUGUUGUGGAAUUCGGAGAAGGACGAGAAGUCAUGGCGUUCACGUAUACUGGGACUUGAAGGCUGUUGAUAUCAGCCGUAUCUUGCCGACGAAACGCCGACGACCAGGUAGACCGACAACUGGAAAAACUUGCCACCAAACUUUCAACGCCUUCCGGAAUUCAAAGAAGCUUAGCGUCGAGAUCCAGGCAUGGAGAACGGGUCGGCACUCCCGAGAAGUGAGGGGGAGGACGCUCCCGUGUCGGCGGGCCAUGUCGCUCAUCCGCCCGCCAAGCAGAACGGAAAUGUUGCGAAGAAAAGCAACGGCAAGAAGAAACCCGAGGAGAAGAAGAAGAAGGAGGAGACGACCCCGACAAAGACAGUGCGGCUAAAGGACAACUGGCAGAGCACGUUCACCUACUGUAGUGUGUUCCUGAGUUUCGGCACGUGUGUGGCUUUCCUGGGCCCUACCCUGCUGGACCUGGGGUGUCUAACCCGCAGUAGUCUCGGCGACAUGACAUGGGCGUUCUUCGCACAGUCUCUCAGUCUGCUAGUGGGAUCCACGUUCGGAGGGCUGCUGGUAGAAAGGUUUUCAGGCAACCCUACCCUGUUGGUUGCCGUGGUAACGGUGGGCGUGACCCUGUCCGUGAUCCCCCUGUGCAGAACCCUGUGGAUCCUGACGAUGGUGCUAGCCAUCAUGGGCGUGGCCAUGGGCUGCAUCGACACCGUGGCGAACGUGCAGCUCAUUAGAAUAUACUCACAUGAUGUUUCGCCUUUCCUGCAGGCCUUGCAUUUUUGUUACGGUCUGGGCGCCUUCAUCAGCCCGAUGGUUGCCGAGCCCUUCAUCCUGGACCAGGACUGCGACACGUUCCUCAACGUCACCUACUCCAACGACUCCUUCAUCCGGGACCUCAUGCCGUCCGAGGGCGUUGACCCCACGGGGAUGAACAACGUCACCAAGGCGGAGUCCCUGGAUGAAGCCAUACACAAGACGGAAGUGCGAUACGCCUUCUGGAUUAUGGCCAGCUUAAACAUUCCGAUUGCCUUCGCGAUCAUGUUGCUGUUGAUCCACCAGCGGAACGACGGGAAGCAUCGCGGGAAGCUGCUGCUGCGGGAGGGUGUGAAGGAGGACAUCAUGAAGUCUAAGAGGGGGUACGAGGACAUCGUGGAAGCGGAACAUGAAAAUGAACGUGAACAUGAAGGGGCGGAUGAAUCUGGAACGUUGAUAGGUGAUGAGAAAAAGGAGAUCCCUGCCAGCAAGUUGAGAACAGUUGUCGUCACGAUGUUAACGGCAACACUGCUGUUCCUGUUCGACGGCAUACAGGCCGCCUUUGCAGGCUGGAUCUACGCGUACGCCGUGAUCAGUAAGGUGGACCUGGGCUCGCGGUACGCCGCGUACCUGACCGGCGCGUUCUGGGGCAGCCUGGCGCUGGGCAGGCUCGUCUCCAUCCCCAUCGCCACCAAGCUGCAGCCCCCGGCCAUGCUCAUGUGUAACCUGGUAGGUGGAAACUUCCCUUAUCUGGCGCUGGGCAGGCUCGUCUCCAUCCCCAUCGCCACCAAGCUGCAGCCCCCGGCCAUGCUCAUGUUCCCUAACCAUAAUCCUACUUACCCUAACCCUAACCUGACCGGCGCGUUCUGGGGCAGCCUAGCGCUGGGCAGACUCGUCUCCAUCCCCAUCGCCACCAAGCUGCAGCCCCCGGCCAUGCUCAUGUGCAACCUGGUCGGUUGUUUGGCGGCCAUCUUGGUGAUCCAGGGCAUGCCCCACAGUCCCAUGGCAUUAUACGCAGGCGCCAUGACCUUUGGCUUCUUCCUGAGCAGUAUUUACCCGUCGUCCAUCGCGAUGGCUGAGCGGAACGUGCGCGUGACGGGCGGGAUCACCAGUGCGCUGGUCAUCGGGGCCGCAACGGGCGAGAUGGUGCUGCCUGUGCUGGUGGGGAGGUUGUUUGUAUGGUACGGCCCGCCGAGUUUCGUCGUGUCCUGUUGUGUGGUGGCCGCGCUAGGCAUGAUUGUCUUCUGCACACUCUGGUUCUACGCCUCUGUCUCCAGCACAACUCAAAAACAGUCGAACUCUCAACCGUACUGGUGGUGCCGGUGGUGCUGCUCCAAGCGUGACACUCUCCUGAACAAGGGCCCGACGUCCUACUACACUGUCAUGGACGAUACGGUCGAGCUGGCGAGUCUGCCCAAGUCCCCAAUAUCCACCGAACCCAAGUCAGGGUCAUGA